UCACGCUAAAUUUCUAAAUAGAAAUAAAGAUUGAUAUGGAUUUCACUUCCUCUGCUGGUGUUUGUGUUCUAAAACACUGCAUUACUCAGAAUCAUCUUCAGAAUUAAAGCUUUCUCAGGAUCCACAAUCAUGCUAUUAUAAAAUACAUAUUGGUCUUAUAACAAUAAUAUGUAUUAAAGAUUUCAUGAUGAUAAUAUUGAUAGAAACCUGAGAUCACAAUGAUGAGAACUGUUUCUGACAAAAGUGUAAAACAUUCCAGAGCAUGAAGUGUUUUAUUUCCCUUCUACCAUUACAGUUGAUUACAAAGAUUUACAUAUUAACGAACAAUACGUCUUCCGUUUCUAAUCAUGUUUAGUGAUGUAUACAGGGACGAUUCAGAAAAAUCAGAAAACUUUGCGACCUUUCACCGCAGCAUUUAUUAUAUUUUUAUUUUUCACUUAAAUAUGACUAGCUACAACUCUACGUCCAUUCAUCUUACCUUCAAAAUAACAUUUGUUACAUUAACAAAACGCUUUCAAUCUGCGAGUCGAUUCUCAACUAAAGUCGAUUCGAUGAAUCGAUUCCUUGCAAACGACUCAUCACCGCGUGAAGCGCUUUAGAUCAUUCGACGUGUAUAUUUUAAUUGAAUACAGCCUUUUAGAGCCUCUUUUAUGAAACUGAACUGCAUUUAAUAGUAAACCCCUUUUCAUCCCAGGGAAUCGGCUCACUUAGCUCAGAUGAUCAACAUGAAACUAUUUUAGCUUCGACUAUUUCAGUUUUUAAAAAACAGAAUUAUGUAGCAAUAAGAAAGAAAAAUUCAUUCAGUAUCAGAUAUUCAUAAAAUAUGUGCGUUGUGUGUUCAUUUCUAAAAAUGGUUCUGCGAAAAAUCUGCACAUGACCUUGUCACGUCAAGCUUGUGUUGAUUUCGUGUUUGUGUGUUUUGCUGUUUUGUAUGAAAUCACAACAUUAAGUGUUAUAAUUUUUGCAACCUGCACAAUAAAGGUCUGCACUUGUGGCCUCGGAGAAUCCCAGACAUUUAAACAUGCAAAAUUUCCAUCCAGCUGUUUGGAGUAAUUUUUUUUUUUAGCCGCCGUGUUCAUAUGAAAUUUAAAGGGGGCUGAGGAGAUCACAUUCGUGUACAGUUUAUGGAGAAUUGCAGAAUUUUUAGGGGGGCUGAGUGGCCUAGCGACGCCCAUGGUUUACUUUUUAAGUUAACUCUUAGUGCCGGUCCCAAGCCCGGAUAAAAAUCGGAGGAUUGCGACAGGACGGGCAUCCGGCGUAAAAACCUGUGCCAAAUCAUGCGGAUCAAAUGAUGCGCUAAAAACAGCGGACCCUGCCAUUGCGCGGGACAAAUGCUAGCAUAAAAAAGGUUUUACAUUCUUCAGUUCUGCCCUUCUACCAGCUUUACCCUUACAGCUGCACUACUUAUAUUACCCCUCCCCCAACCCUACUUGCUCUGACGUUGCUGGGCAGGUUCUAUUUCCCGACAACGGAGAUCAGUUGACUGCGUUUUCAGUGUUACCGACUGACUCAUUUAGUAAGUCCGGACAAAAUGAGGGAAAUAUGGGAGACUUUGGUGUAUUAUUUGGAUUAUAAACCUGAUGAGGACAGCUGUAUCUUCAGGAAUAAUGAAGAGGAAGAACAGAACACGCAGUUUGAUCCGGGAGCUCGUCCGCUGGUUCACGUCGCCGGUUUCUGCUGGUUCACGUCGCCGGUUUCUGCUGGUUCACGUCGCCGGUUUCCGCUGGUUCACGUCGCCGGUUUCCGCUGGUUCACGUCGCCGGUUUCCAGAUGUUUUCUGUUAAUCGAGUUCGGUUUUUUACCAUGGAGAUCCUCUUCCUUCUGUUCUGUGUACAAAUCUUUGUUGGCACUGGUUUCACAUAUAGAGUUCCAUCUGAUAUACCAGCUGCUGUUCUCCAGGACCAGGACUUUGAGAUGGAAACCCGUGAGAUUCGUUUGUUGGAGGUCGUCGUCAUAAACAUCACGUGUCAACUCAUUUUGUCUGGCAAUGGUUACACUUAUCCAGUGUCCUCUAAUAUACCAUCUGCUGUUCUUCAGGACCUGGACUGUGAGCAAGCCUGGUACAGGAAGGCUCCAGGUAACAGAUCAGAGUUGGAGUAUUUGUCAGACGGACAACUUCGUGAGAAUGGAACUAAGCACGAGCUGCUUGUUGAUGCAACCAGAAAAAACAUCACCAUCUCUGAAUGCAUCGAGCUUCACCAUAAUGUGACCUGUCAUGGGUCAGAUCAAAAGUUUCAACACAUGUACCAAGUAAUCAAGAGCACCACAUCAGCCCCUUAUGAUUCUCCUGAGACACCAACAUGUUCCAUCACCAUUGCCUGGAUUGUAUCUCUGAUCUUGCUUGUGUUUGUGGUCCUGUUUCUAAUCUGGCGCUUCAGACAAAGAGUUAGAGGCUGGUGGAGAUUGGCACAUUGGCGUAUAUUUAGAAGAGCAGAGAAUGGAAGAUCAAACAACGUCCAAUUGCUCGAGAUUAAAGCGGGUAGCAACAAUGAAACUGGUCUACUGAACUCCUUUAAUGCAAACAGGGACUAUGUUACAGUGAUGAACGGCUGUGGAAACAAUGGGGUGAAGGACGCAGAAGCUCAACCUGCUGAAGACGAACAAAUUGUUACAGUGGAGGAGCUUCCAGACUGACAGUGGGGAUUACGGUUCAUCUUCAGUGCCUCUGUACUCGCCUUUUCUUUCACUGCACUUUUCUGCACAUUUACGUUCCAUGUAUGAUGUGUGUGUUGUGUUUACUUUUUGCUCUCCUUUCCUUUUGUGCAAUUCUUUACUUUGCCUCUAGGUCGGGAUUAUUGGCUGACUCGGCUGUCAAUCCUUAUCGUGACGUCGUUGUGCCGACUGUAUAUAAGGCCUCGACUUGGUGGCGUGUGAGUUUGCGCCAUUCCAGCGUACUGUGUGUUCCAAUAUUCAGUUGCCCCCCGACUUGUUGUACCAUGACUUCAUGGGUCAUGUGGUGUUGGUGAUUUGAACCACUUCUAGUGUGUUAGUUGCCUAUUGACUGAGUGAAUGCUGUGCUUGAGAUUACGCUGGUGCCCAAGUUAAUGUUUGGCCUUAUUGUGUAUUAAGUUACUGAUAAGAAUGCAUCUACUUAAUCAAUCAAGUCUGUGUGAUAACUCGAGGGUUUAGUCAGGUGUGGAUACAAUACUGUUUUUCUUGAUUCUUGAUCAGAGUAAAAUGUACCUUAUUGGAAAUAGAUGUUAUUUUGGAUAUUUAAAUGAGCGUGGAUGAGCUCAGCCUCACACAGCAGCACUUACAUUUAAAUGUGUUGAACAGUGUUUACUGAUCAAAAUCUGUAAUCAGUACACGAUGGUUGAGUUUUUGCCAAGUUCACCUCAGUGCCAUGUGAGCUCAGGUCUUUUGCUCAUCAUCUUUCAUCUUUGUCAAACCUGAGAUGCAGCACAAGUGAUUUUUUUAAAAGCAAUAAUAUUUUUAGAAAACAUCACUGAUGCUUAAUAAAUGGUGAAAACUGUAUUUUAUGGAAUAUAUAUAUAUAUAUAUAUAUA